CGGCAGCAGCAGCAUCAGUGUGUGUGUGUGUGUUUGUGUGUGUGUGUGCGUGUGUGUGUGUGAGUGUGUGUAGUAGUAGCUUUAAACGGGGGGAAUCUGGACACCCUCUCUGAAUUGAAUAGGACCCUCUGCAGGCAGGCCGUGCUUUUCUUCUCUCUGCCCUUCUCAAUGUGCUGUUUACCAAAUGGAAGCAGAGGUGUUGAACCCCCAGAUGAUGGCAGACGUCAAUGGCAACAAUAAGAUCACCAACGCGGAGCUGGAGGUGCUAAAACUGCAGGAAUUGGUCCGAAAACUGGAGAAGCAAAACGAACAAUUGCGGACUCGAGCGAACGCUGUAAACAAUUGCUCCAUCGGCCCUCACCAUCAUCUGCAGACCUCGUUGUCGUGUCUGCACGGGGGUACACAUACGACGUGUCCGACGGACCAUUUCUCCAGUAAAUAUGGCAUUUCUAGUCCCGGACAGCGAGGCUCCACGGAGGAGGAGCCGUUCGCGUAUUUCCAGCCGAGCUCGGUGUCUCCUGACGCCGCUGCGGAGGAGGAGGAGGACCGCGUCGCCGCUGAUGGAGCCUCGACUGUCCUGGAUGAGGUUGAUAUGUUGGACCUCAGCACCGUACUCUCUGUCGGAGAGCCUCAUAGCUGGCUGUAUGUGAGUCCCAAAGCCAAGCUGCAGAUUGAGAGUGUCCUCAGCCCUCUCCAGUGGUGCAGGCAGGUACUGGACCACCCGGGGCCCGAGGUGGAGCUGGCUAAGAUGACCCUCUGUCACAGACUGGACCAAGCUAAGCGGUGGCGAGGAGUCUCCUCGGUCCGUCCAUACAGCUGCAUAGAGGGCCUCUCCGCUCUCAGCUGCCCCGUCCUGCCUUACACUAAACCUGCUGCACUAACCGAGUCCCCAGCUCCAUUGCCAUCAUCCACUCAGUCUUUUCUCCAGCCACCUCUCCCACUCAGGGCCAGCUGCAGCCUCGGCGACAGAGCGCCCACCUUCCUAUCAAACUCCACUCUCCACAACGUGGGUCGCCGACACGCGGCGAUCAGCCCCCAGUCUUCCGUGGACAGUGAGAUAGGUGUGUCAGAGCUGGAGGACGACACCAUCUCUAUGAGCUACAAACUGCAGGACAUGACAGACGUGGAGGUCAUGGCAAGACUUCAGGAGGAGAGUCUCCGUCAGGACUACGCCUCUACCUCGCACACCACCACAGCCUGCCGUCGCAGCUCCAGCUUCUCCUUGCACUCCCUCAGACGCAGUGAGAUGGAUCUGGAGGAGGAAGACGAGGAGGACGAGGGCUACGACCAGCUACCUCCUCCCCAGCCUCGUCUGUUCCGCACGGGGUCUAUGCAGCGGGGCGGCCUGCCCCACUCUCACACCUUCUCCAGUAUUAGAGACUGCAGACGCAGCUCAAUCACACCUCAGUUUUCACUCAGUGGACUCUCCCAGUACUCUGGACCCUCCAGCUUGAGCACAGAAACACACACAGCGUACAGGAAUAGCACAGACAAGCUACGGAGAAGCAUGCCCAACCUGAUCCGAGCUCCCAGCAUGCCCAGUGUUCCCAGCAUUCCAUGCCUGGCUUCCCCUGUCAACCCACCCUCCCACGGCCCCUCCUCCUUGCCAACGAUAUCCUCCCUCCGGAGCAGCCAGAGCUUUGACUCAUCCAGUGGGCUUGCACGACUCCAGUCCUCCAUUCCCUCCCCAGGUCAGCUCACUCAGCGAGUCCAGAGCGUGGGGAACUUCCCCACCACUCCCCGUCACCCGCUAAAAGCCACAGCCUACGUAAGCCCCACAGUGCAGCAGGGCCCCACCUCCACCUCCCUGUCCACCUCCAUCAGUCUACACUGCAUCCCCAGCAGUGCCGCGCUGCCUCAGCCUCUCAAACCCAGCGGCAGUUUGAUGCCACUGCCUCUGAAAGCCAGCAGCAACCAGCCGGCCGUCAUUCGCAGCUCCCUUCCUCGCCCAGCCUCCUUUGUAGGAACAAGUGGACUUCCACGUGCAAGCAAAAUAACCCAACCCACACGCAGUUUGAUGACUCCUCCAAAGAGCCUGGCUGCCCUGACUGCCCUGAGGGAUGGCAGCUGGAAAGAUGGCUGCUACUGAACCCAAAUAAACUGGAGUCCAAGAGGGGCACAGGGUAACGCUGCAUGGGACCUAACUGAUUUCAAAUGUUUCCGUCAGGAGGGCCCAGUCUUGGGCUGUGACCCAAGAGAGAGUGACUGUUAACAUUUUUAAAGGGCACUACUCUUCACCGAAGGACAAAUUAGAGACUGAGAACCGUACGGGUCCAGCAGGCUGGAUCUUUACAUAACUACCUGCUGAAACACAGACUGACACACUAUGAAACAACCUGGCAAUAUUCUGAUAAUCCGUUGUUAAAUGUGAACUGGAUCUCCUUUGGUAUGUGUUUUUUGAUUUGUCAUUGUGGAUAGUUACAGUAAGGCUUUCAUUCAACAGAAUGAAAAUUUCUCUCCUAAGAAAGCUUUGGAAAAGAUUAGCCCACGCUUUUGUACAUGCUUUUAAUGAUUUCAUAUGACUAAUUUUGCAAUUAUUGAUUUUUGUCAGACUGUGGUGUCGGAUAUGAAGUUGAACCUGGAAUUUUGUUACAUCCUGUGCCUGUUAAAACGUAGUGUAAUUCACCUUAUAUUUAUUGGCUGGACCUCGCAGCACUUUGGAUCAGAAUUAUGAUUAACACAUUAAGUUUCUCAAGUAAAGUAUGACAUUCUUUAAAGUGUGCACACACAUUAUCUUUUCUUUUACUUAUUGUUUACAUAAGAGCUGAGAUUUUUAAUGCUCUUUGAUAAACAUAAUCGCUGCAAUGAUAUUGCACAAAGAGCCUGAUGCUUUUUAUGGAUGACUAAAGAGGAGGUGAAUUUUUAAAGUGAAUAAAAGCCUUUCAAAAUA